GGCCGUGGCGGCGCGGGGGGCGGGCGCCGGCACUCGGAGGUGUCCGCUGCCGCCGCGCAGAGCCACCGCCGGGCCCGGGCCGAGCCAACGCCGCCAUGCCCUCGGAGAAGAGCUUCAAGCAGCGCCGCACCUUCGAACAAAGAGUGGAAGAUGUACGACUGAUUCGAGAUCAGCAUCCUACUAAAAUACCAGUGAUCAUYGAAAGGUACAAGGGAGAGAAGCAGCUUCCAGUUUUGGAUAAGACCAAGUUCCUGGUGCCAGAUCAUGUCAACAUGAGYGAGCUAAUCAAAAUUAUCAGGCGACGCCUGCAGCUGAACUCCAACCAGGCCUUCUUCCUGCUGGUGAACGGGCACAGCAUGGUGAGCGUGUCCACGCCCAUCUCCGAGGUGUACGAGAGCGAGAAGGACGAGGAUGGAUUCCUCUACAUGGUCUACGCCUCCCAGGAGACCUUUGGAGCUCCAGCUUCUGCCUAGGACACGCCACGGCUCUAGCCUAGGAUUUGGGUUGACCCUUGGCCAUCACCCCCACUCUUCCCCACACACCCCCCAGGGAAAGAACCGGAUGUCACCUACGCUCUCAGUCCUUAGCAUAGUCUCGCUUUAGCAGGUGUCUCAUCUCACCUUGCCUUGUUUGUGACUAUUAAACAGUACAGACGAGCACCUCCAGCUUUGAAACCUGCCCUGUAAUAUUCCACACAGGCACAUUUACAUGUCUGGACCUGGCGAAAGGAGCCCAGUUGUGCAUGUGACACUURCAGAGAAAGGGACACUCGAUUGACUUUUAACAAGCAAACAGGCACCAGGGAGGAGCUAAAAUGCUUCCUGUGAGUUUGCUGGAAAAUCUCCCUACGAUUCCUUAAUUUUUUUUUUUAAACGGGAAGGUUUCUCAUGAGAGCAAAUGCAUUUUAAUGUUCCAAAGGGGAGCUUUUUCUUCUGCAGCUCCAUCAGACUCGUGUCAGCGCUGCAGGGAGUUAAGGCAAGUGCUCGGGGUGAGCUGGGGGAGGACAACUCUUUGUGUCUCCGGUUUUUGGGCACCGCACGCUCCGGGGCGGUGCCACUUUCUGAAAUACUCAUACCAAACACCACAGCUUUAUUGUAGUUUUAGGAAGUGUCUAACUGUAAAAUACACACCUGGACAGGUAACAUUGAAAUAAACUCCMGUCUGUUACAAAUCCCCAAUCCCUGUGUGUUCAUCUGAGCUGGCUCCCAGUGAUCCAUAGGAUCAUGCCCCUAGCCCAGAGGUUGGCCGUUCCCUCGCCUGGGAAUCGGGGGAGAAGCAGCUCAGGGCCGGGAGCGGCUGCCGAGAGUUGACGAACAAAUGAUUUGUGGCGUUGGGAGGCUGCCGUGUCCCUGCAGGGACAGAAGGCAGYGCAGGGAGAGCUCUCCCAUAGGACAAACCUGUGUGUUCCUGUAGGUCCCCGGAGUGUUCCUUGGGGACAGAAGCAAUACUACUGCGCCUGGCACUCCCCGGGGUGCGCUCGCUGCGCCUCCUCCACCUUGUACCUCCUCCACUCUUUGCAUGCAUCUCCUUCCCGGGGCCCCCUGCCCGUUUUUUAUUGUCCUUUGUGUUUUUACUCCGACGUGAACUUUUCGAUGCAGCUUGUUCUCUCUGUUUAGUUCUGUUCGUGGAAGAACUCGUUUAACUCAUAACUGACAACUGUACUUGUAAUUACGACGUGAUCGACUGAUAUUCCUGUACAAAUGUUGCUUUUUUAAAAUUAAUACAGUGCUGAUAUGGAUGGAUUACAUCCCAACUUAA